CUCUGAUUAUCAUGGCCUUCGAGACAUCUUCAGCCGCCAGCCCCUCUAUCAUAAAGUCCUUGGUUGCGCGCCAUCUGUUCAAGGCUCUGUUUUGGAGCGGAAUGCUGCUGCUUCCCCUCUCGACAUGGUUGAUGUGCUGUAUGACCAGAUCCGCCAAUUCGAGCGCAUCAUGCGACCAGGCUUGAAGCUGGGCAGGGCUGGGAUCCAGACAUCUCCGACCGACCUUCAAAUCCAGAUGCUUUGCCGAGUCUUCGCACGGCUUGCCAUUCUCGUAGGUGUGGACUACGUGGGCGUUGGCUGGGCUUCCACAGCUCUCAUCGUGCCUGCUGACGACCUAAGGAAUGAAGUCUUUCAGCUCCAUGUUUCCAGCUUUUAUGGCGGCAGUUCUUCUUGCGGCGGGAUCCAUGCUUGCGGUGGCACUGUAGUAUGGCUAGCCACUCCUUUCACUGGAGGUUAUAAGUCGUCAUCUGAAAGGUUUCAAAUCUCCAUUUGCUACUCUAUCAGUCCCUUUCAACUCCUUUCGAGUACUGUUACACGUAGCCCCUUUCCCUGUUCUCCUCACACGUUCCAGCUUUAUACCUUUGUUGACUCUACAAUGUCUCAACACAUCGCCUUCAACAUAGACCACCGCUGCCCGAUUCGAAGACUCCGUUUCGUGACUCAGAUUAGCGGUAGCAUCAGUGUUUUUGGACGCUGAGUGGCCAGAACCUCACACCACUUACUCAUGGCUGUACUAUGUAGAUUGACUUGAUUGACAGAUCGGCAUCGAACGAAGCGAGUUUGUCUACCCCUAUUCUAUCGACGAUUAUGCGAAUCACAAACCUCCACCAAGACAGCAAGCCUCAACGCCCACCUGAAAUCAAAACAUACCUGU